AUGACGACGACAAGCUCCGCUGCGGGCUCGGUGGAGUUGUACAUGGUCCUGUCCAACAAGAGUGGACGCCAAAACCUGGGCACAUAUCUGCGCACUGCGUCCGCCUUCGGGACGGCCCAAGUGUUGGUCGUGGGUUCCGAACGCUUCGGCACGCAUGGAGCGCACCGAGCGCAGAAAUACGUGGACGUCGUACAGUUCUACGACUUUGCAGAAGCUCGCAAGUACCUGAAAACAAAAGGCUGCACCAUCUUCGGACUAAGCAACCAACCAGCCGAGUCGUUUGCGGCCCACGCGACACCCUAUGAAGGAACCAGCGCAUUCGUCGUCGACAACGAGUUCCCUGGGCUUUCGGAGGAGCAGCGUGCUAUCUGCGACCACUUCGUCCAUGUGCCUUUCCAUGGUGAGCAGACCGAAGCUUCCAGUCAACUCACACUGGACACUACAGUGAUCACUGCAAUUACGCUACAUCACUUCACUGCGUUUGCACAAUUCCCUGUUCGUGCAAUCGAAGCUACCAGUACUCAGGGCAAGUUCGUACUGGACGCAUAUCCGACGUUCGAUCCGGCACACAACGAGCGCGGCCAGGAGAAGGCAGCGAUGCGUGAAGCCAAACGCGCCAACGCCGACGACGGACUGUCAGAAGAGAACGGUCUCGGCAGCAUGUUUGAGUAA